AUGGACGAUCCGCCGCCGUAUCAAGACUCCAGCGAAACCUACGGCCUCGGCCCGGGUGCGCAAGACGAUAUCCUCUCACCGACAACGCUCUACGUCGCCGGGCGCUUCAUCCACUCCGUUGAUCCCUGGGCGCCGCCGCUGUACGAGCUCUCGCAUUCGGUCGGCUUCCUCAAGGACACGGAUCGCAAUGUGCGCAUCGAGAGGCUCGACUACUCGAUGAAGCGGCGAGACGGUGUGGCCCAGCUGGCGGCGCGGAAGCGGCAUAUCUAUGACUUGAAGCACCCCCUGCGGGUUACCGGCCCGACAUUUGCGUAUCAUGCCGAGCCUACCUCACGACAAAGCCUCUGCGCCUUUGGCUUGGAGAGCUUCCGGCCAAGGAAACUGUCGACAACAAAAGGCUAUCGCAUUCGGCGCGCAACCGCAACAAAGUCUCUCGACCAUCAACUUGUGCGUCGGGACAUUCUCUUUUCGGCCAUCCCCACCAAAGACAAAGCCGUUCGAUACGAGUGGAGCGACGCAGACGGUCAGCUAGUCGCGCGAGAAGUGACUGAAGGCAACUUCAUGACAUUGGUUGUCAGCGCCAUGAUGGGUGCUUGCGAGAGAGACGCGCUGGUGUCUGCGUGGAUGUCGAGAGUUUGGUCGGAGCUUGCGAAGAAGACGGACCCGUUUGGUUAG